AUGAAAACGUAUCAACUUUUAAAAAGUCACUGCAGUAAGAUAUUUUUUUCGGGCACUGGAAAUUACUGGUAUGAAGGUAACGCAAUUGGAAAUGAUAAAAGUUUGUUCUAUAGAUUGUAUGCAAUAAUAUUAAUUUCUACGUACGCAUUCAUGACGGUUUUGGAAAUCAUGGCGGCUUUAAUCGGAGAUUUUCCAAACGAUGAGAAAAGCGACUCUGUUACUUUUGCCGUAAGUCACACUAUUGUCAUGAUAAAAAUAUUUUCGGUAAUCCUGAAUAAGAAUUUGAUUAAAUCAUUGAAUAAGAGCAUUGCAACGGUAUGUGAGACGUAUGAGAAUCCAAUGCUGAUGGCAGAGAAGUAUAGAAUUAUAAAAAUAAACAUUCUGGCGUACGUUUUGGUAGUCUACGGAGCUGUUGCAGGUUUUGUAUUUGAGGGAUUGAGAAAACUCUUUUCAGGCUCACACUUCGUUACCAUAGUAACCUAUUACCCCUCUUAUGAAGACAAUUCAUCUUUAGCCACAUCUUUCCGAGUUUUCACAACAAUAGUUCUAUCAGUCAUGAUGGUGACUAUGAUCGUCUCUGUGGACUCGUUCACGAUGAUGUACUUAAUUAUUUUUAAAUACAAAGUGAUCACCUUGAGGCAUUACUUCGACGGAUUGAGGGAAGAAUUCGACAGAAAUAAUAAAAGUGACGCGAAAGGUGCUUCGGAGAAAUUGUCUAAAGGCUUAAUCGAAGGCAUUAUCAUGCACAGCGAACUUCUGAGAAUACUGAAAGAUAUCGACACUGCGUUUGGUACUGUGAUGGCCAUGCAACUUUGCCAGAGCUCUGGGUCUGCCGUGUCUCUUUUGCUGCAAAUUGCGCUUUCGAAAGAUUUGACGUUCAUCGUGGGCAUGAAGAUUAUUUUAUUCGUUGUCGCGCUUUUCUUCUUGCUUGCCCUUUUUCUUUGCAAUGCUGGUGAAAUAACGUAUCAGGCAUCUUUACUAUCGGACGCCAUAUUCUACUGCGGCUGGCAUGCAUGUCCGUCGCAGAAACCACCGCAGCGCAAACUGGGUUCCAUCGUGCUCAUCGCGUGUGUGCAGGCGCAACGUCCGGUCGUCAUGAAGGCUUUUCGGAUGAUCGACCUUACUUAUGCUACGUUUUUAUCGGUUGUACGGAUGACUUACUCCGUGUUUGCGUUAUUCUAUGCACAAAACAAAUGA